AUGCCCAAGGGUAGCCUGGAUGCGUUUCUAUUUGGUUUGUUUCUUUUCUACUUUGCUAUCAAACCUGCAAGCUACAUUAUUAAAAUUCCUUUCAAAUUUGUUCCAUCUUUCAUACAUAUGCUACUUUCAUAUUAUGAAUCAAUUUCCACCACAGCUAAUUCAAGAAUGUUUAUACUGGCGACAGAUCCAAGUAAGAAAGCACAACUAGAUUGGGAUAAGCGCUUCAAUAUUAUUGGAGGGAUUGCUCGGGGCCUUCUUUACCUUCAUCGUGAUUCUCGUUUAAGAGUUAUUCAUCGAGAUCUUAAAGUCAGUAACAUUUUAUUGGAUGAAAACAUGACCCCAAAAAUUUCAGACUUUGGAAUGGCACGAGUAUUUGGUGGUGACCAGAUUAUUGCCGAAACCAAUCGGGUUGCUGGUACAUUUGGUUACAUGUCUCCAGAGUAUGUAAUGGGAGGCACAUUUUCGGAGAAGUCGGAUGUCUUUAGUUUCGGAGUGUUGAUACUAGAAAUUAUCAGCAGUAAAAGAAAUAACAGCUUUUACAAUCCUGAACAACCUUCAAACCUUCUGCUCCAUACUUGGAAGCUUUGGAACGAAGGGAAAGGGUCUGAGGUUGUGGACGAGGCUUUGGGUGAUUUAUAUUCUCCAUUAGAGGUGGAAAAAUGUGUACAUAUCGGUUUAUUAUGUGUCCAGAAUAGAGCAAUAGACAGGCCAACCAUGGCUGAAGUAGAUCUCAUGCUUAUCAGUGAAACCGAUCGUCCAUCUCCGAAAGAACCUCCAUAUACUUUCCCAGCAUCAUCAGUUAGGUCGGGGUCGGAUCCCAUUUGCUGCUCAAGUAAUGAUAUCACUUUCACUGCACUUGAAGGUCGAUAG